AUGGUUAAACAAGCCACCAAGGGUCAAAAGGAAAUCUAUGAAGAAAAUCGAAGUACAAUAAUAACAUUUGCAGCAACGUGUUUAGCUGUUGCGGUGGUUCACUUAGCUGCUUGUUUUGUCUUCUUGAAUUGUACAUCGAACACCUACAGUUUCUUCGGCAUCUCUGUGAUCAUCGACUUAGUUACUCUAGCUAUUAUGAAAAGCAUGGCAGGAGCAAAAUUCGAUGAGCGAGGACGUGUAGUUGACGCUGGUAUGGAUUUGAAUGAUCCAGAUGCCUUUGGUGAAUAUUGCAAAGAUAUCAUCAUACUUACGUCUAUUGCUCAGGUUGCGGCUCUAUACACAACUUACGCCUACUUAAUCCUUCUCAUUAUUCCUGCUGCUGCAGCUUACAAGAUUUUCUUUAACAUCCUUCUUCCUUGGAUAACUGCUCCCGCUCCCGAGAAUGGUGAAGAGCUUGACGACAAAAAGCUUAGGAAGCGCGAGCGCCGAGAAAAAAUUGUUUACCGAAGAUGAUUUUUCAACAGUGGCUUAUCCCUCAGUGGGGCUUGUGUUUAUCAUUAUAUAUACUUUAUCUAAUUAUCUGUACCUUUGUUGAUAUGGUUACAAGUGUGUGAAUCUAGCUCUUUUUUCGCAGUUGUUUUUUUUUUCUUGUGAUGUGAUUGUUGCUAUAGUGUUGUUGUUCUAGCAUGUUCUAGUAGAUAUCUUUAUGGAUAAAGGGUUAGAAGUGU